AUGGCGACAGGAGCAGAAGUUCACUGUAUCUGCAAGAAGGAGAUAGAGGAAGUAGUCCUGGAUCCCGAGGAUGGGGAAGCCCCUGCCAUCCGUCUCGAUGGUCUCUGCUCACUACGGGAUCUCAACCUAGACCCUGACAUGAGCUCUUCACCGAAUAGCCUAAGUGAGAAUGAGGUUGAGACUGAGCACAACUCUGAAUUUGGUUCAAGGUCCAAAUUACAGGUGCUGGAAUCGGGAGUGGUGGUCUAUCAAGAUCACGGAGAGCAGUCUGUAGCCUCAGCCAUCGACAAAGGAGAUGUUGUGGACUGCUUACCUCUUGUCAGUGACAAGGUUGACAAGAAGGUGCGACAGCCAGCUGACCAGGUGAGCCGGGAUGCUAGAAGCUACUUACCCUCAAAAAGCUGUACCACCCAACAGCCUCCGAUGAGCGCAGAGGCAGACAGUAGCAGGAGAGGCAGGCCGAGCAAAAGGUUGGUAGAUGUAAAGCAGGGCUCUGUGGCCCCAGUCCAGCACCGAAGGGCCAAAGGAGCCAGGGCCUGCAGGACAAAAAAGAAGAAGAAAUGCGUCAAGAGUAAGAAAGUCGUCCCUGAAGAGAUCCAAGAUCCAUUGCCUGACUCUGACUCCUCGACAGAUGAGUGUAGUGAGGUGCAAGUCAUGAGGGUGACCAUUUGCUUCAAGAAUGGAGAACAGAUCGUAUCUGGCAAUGCUAUGAAUCCAGCAGUCAGAACCCGGAAAAGGAAUGUCCAGCCCAGAGACAGUUUUCAUAACACGGCUAGCUCUCAGCAGGUGUCUGCGCCUAGGAGCCACACCUUGGGGAUGAGCAAGCUAGGGGCCUCUUGUUCGAACAGAAAAGCAGCUGUGUUCAGAGGCAAGGAACAAAGCAGGUCCCGUUACCCAAGAGCUGUUGCUGGUGGGCUCUGGAAGGCUAAUCCUAAAAAGAAAUCAACCCAGGAGAAGAAGCCCCUACAGGAUACCCCAAAAGUCAUCGGGAGAAGGCCUGGCAUACUGUGGGGGCAAAGACCCAAGGCAGCUCCUGUGGAAACAGCCACCAUCCCUACAGUAAUGUGUGCCUCUACACUAGAGAGUUCCAAGAAGCACUUCACAACACCUGUAGAGGCCACUGAGCCCACCGAUGCUACACCCAGGAAGAAAACAGUGGUAAAGAAUACAAGGAAGACCUUGCCAGCAGCCAGGGCAGACAGGGGCCUUGUGCGUAAACACAUCAUGAAGAAUUUCUCGGUGGUGACCCCAACACCAGGGUCCUACAAGCUCAAGGAAACUCUCCAUGCCCAACCCCUCCUCAACCUAUACUCAGUGAGAAUUUUUGUGUGUGAGGUUCCAACACACAGGGCAGAGCAACCUUGCAAGUUGGUGGAUCAUGCGGAAAUGAACAGUGGUGAUGCCAACACUGGAGCACCCCACUUUCCAGAAAGUUCAUUCCUUUUGUCCUGGAGCCAGAGAGACUUCAAUCCUUGGGGCCCUUCCCGUCUGGAUCUCAAGCCUGGAUGCUGCAUCUUGUGUUUUCUUUCAGGUGAUGAGGAUCUAUCUGUGGUUCCCCCAUUCCCUGUUGGGGACAAGCAGAAUCAAGCACCAGGGCUACUAGGAUGUCGGCAGUGUCCUUUGCUAGAGAAAGAAGCACACAGGCUGAGGAAGCAGCUAGCCGACAUGUGGGCCCUCAACAAAAGGUUCCAGGCCCUUUGAAGUAAGGGUACUGCUAUCUGCAGCCCUUCCCAUACUCCUGACUGCCCAGGAAGCCAGGUCUCGCCUGCCAGGCUGGAUUCAGUAUCUUACCACCUAUGGAUCCCCGGGGAUGUGGCCUUGCUUCUUCCUUCUACUUAUUCUACAGUCGGAACCACCUUUGCUGCCCUGAUUGGGCCCCCUGUCUCCACAUGGUGACAGCCCCAGCAUAUUAAAGUCG